AUGUGGGAAUCCACUGAAAUUGCUGUGACAGUAGUAACGUUAGUGCUUAUCAUCACAAGCAUCGCCGGAAACUCUUUUGUUUGUGCCGUUAUUAAGAAGAAUCGAGACAUGAGGUAAAUACACGGUCGCCUUGUAGAAAGCUAUGGAGUGAUACUUUCAACUCCCCUUAGCCACUUGAUGCCACUUUAUUGUCAUUUACGCGUCCAACUGAUGAAAAGAAAGGCGAACAACUUAAAAAUAAACAUUAGCCUACGAAAACAUCCGUUUCUCCUCGCUCUUCGCCGCUGGGGACGUUUCGAAACGUCCCCAGUGGCGAAGAGCGCGGAGAAACGGAUGUUUUCGCAGGCUAAAUAAAUAGUAGGUAAUCCCAAUAUAUGGAACCCCAGAUUUUUCGAAACUCUCACCAAACCUAUCUUCAUUUCGCCAAUCAAUCACCUUUUAUAACUUUACUCCCAAUUUUUUAUUUUAUUUUAUUUAUUUAUUUAUUUUUUUUUGGGGGGGUGGCUGAAAAUUGUGGUUGCUUCCUUUCCAAUCUUUCGCCUCUUAUCGCCAUUUUCGAUAAAUGCCGUAAUAGACCACGUUACAAUGCGUUGAGUAACUUUACGAUUUCAUUUCACAGAAAUCCCAUAGAUUACUUACUGGUGAACCUCGCGGUAGCGGAUAUCAUCUAUACAACGUCCAGUUUAGCAGGCGUGGUGUUGGGACACACUAACGGUCAUCCAGGGGGAGUGAGUGGCAAGGUGUUUUGUAUAGCACAGGGAACCAUUGCAUGGGUUGGGGCUUUUUCUUCAGUCUUAACUCUGGUUGCUAUUGCCACGGAACGAUACUUCAGCGUUAUAUACUAUGUUGGCGGCAAAGGAAAAUUUACCAUGCGAAGACUGAAGGUAUGUUGCAGUUUCAACACCCAACAAUAAGGCAUCGCUGUAUGGUAAAUACAUAACAAAGAUAAGUAAGUAAGCUGAAAAAAAAUUCAAAGAAUGAUCAUUCAACUCAAAUCAGGAAUAUAAGUUAGCAUUAGCAGCGCAUAAGGAAAUAGGGAAAAUAUAAGAAUCCCUGACCAAAUGCAACAAAAUGUACUGAAGUGAAUUACCGUAGAGUAUCUAUGAAUAUGGCUAUAUUCUAACUAUACCGGAUAUCCGGUAUAGUAUGAACAGCAAUGGCAGACAACUAAAACAAGUCUUUCACACACAUGGAACAUCAUGCCUUAGCUUUUGGCCGAGAGGGUUUAGUGAACUAAAUCGUAGUCUUCACUACUGAAUAUUUACUUCCGUCUCAAUCCAGUCCUCGCUGCUACUUUUUCACUUGUGGCACAGAACGCUUCACUUUGGAGAACGGCGUGGCACAGUACAAAGUAAAAGCUUUGUAAAUAAAUGAAAAUGUAAAUUCUUAGCAGAGUUCGAUUUAACCUAAUGUUGUUUUUAUAUUCCAUUCCUAGAUCAUUAUACCUUGUUUUUGGGUCCUUUCUUUAUUUUUGCAAAUCCCGGGAGUUACAAACAUGGCAUUAGACAAUGAAUUCAGAAAACGCGAAUCAAAGUUCUGCACCGAGAGGCAGCCUUCCUACAAAAAUUGGCUACGCAAAGGUUCUUUUUUCUUAUGGUUUUCCAUGGUUGUUAUUUCGAUUGCGGUGAUGAUUGGGUUAUAUUCCAGAGUCGUGUACUUCUUGUGGACCAGGAGCAACAACGUUGAACUCACACAUCGACAGAAGGUAGGUUUUUGUCACAUAUCAAAACCUUAAUACAUAGAAAAACUUAGGCUUAAGCUCCUCUGAUGAGAUUUAGUGGAGCUUAUGCAAUAUUCUUUCUGAUUAUACUUCUGUCUUAAUAGCUAGACUGAUUUUACUUUCCCUUGAAACAGAUAGCGGAGUACUACGCACUGUCUGCUAGAUUCACAUUCCCAAUAACGCACCUUGUUUUCCCCAAAUAUUUUGCCAAAGUUUGUUUUCAGUCUUUUUUUUAAGGUUCGGUCGCCAAUCCCAAGAAAAAUUGAAAACGAUGUCAUGCAAAAGUUUGUGGGGGAAAACAAAUUGCUUUGUGGAAAUGAUAUUUUCUUUUGUUUACUUGUUAACUAUUUGGUUCUGUUUGUUCGAUACUGUUCCACGGUUUGAUUAAGAUAUAUCUAUAAGUAAGAUAAUACUUAAAAAAUGUUUUUUUUUUAUUAUUCAAAUAUGUACCAAUCCCAAUCGGAAAAUGGUCGACGACACGCCUUGUUACAGAACUGAUAUUCAAACAUUACUCAAUGGUAACAGAGGUUAAGGUUAAGCUCGUGGGAGAAACCUACCUAUGAAUAAAUUCAAAAGGCAAAAUUUUGCUGACGCUGUUUCUUUUAAAAGGCCUAUAUAUCGGCUGUAUUAGAGGUGAUUUAGGUAAAAUUUAACACAGAAAUUUUGGAAUGACGGAGGUUUAGGAAGGUUGUUUUAUAUUUGGUAGAUCGCACUUAAUGCUGUAAGCCACACUUGUACCAAAUUGAUCUCCUCACUCGAAUUUGUAACUAUCUUAUAUAAUGUUACACCUUAUACUAUAUGGACUGUCCGCAACAUACAGGUCCACAAACGUGGAACUGUCAAUCUACAGAAUUUCUCACGUCUACUUACCAAAGAGCGUUUUAGCAUUAAAGAGUUUGGUUAUUCUUAUAAAUAUAAAAACUUAUAUGCCUUCUCCCAGUCUUGGGCCCGCAAUGACGUUUUACGUUCGCUCAGUGGUAAACAUCUAGUGCAUUUGUUGAAACUUAGUCCUCUUACUAGCCUAGUCCCUGACGUCGUAACAUCCUAGUAUCCAUCAAUUAGUUUCUCAUACAAAUUUGUAACAUCAGUUGCCCAUUAGAAAUGAAAAUAAGUGGGAUGGGCAGUCGCCCUCUUGCCUGGGACUAUGCCAGCUGAUGAGUAAUAAUGAGGACGAAACAGCUCUUCAUGGCUGACACUGCCGGGGUGAUAUGGUUAUGCGCAUGCGUAAGGUAAUGGCCAUAGAGCGGAGUUGGUGCUUCAGUGCAGAAAAUGGUAUUGGAGACUACCUUGCCUGUGAGCGGGCUUGUGCUUAAUCCAGAAAAAUUUUUGCCGCCAUCGCGCCAGGAAAAGUGAGCCUGCACGCGGGCUAUUGAUUUUUCAGUUUCGCCCCUUUCGUUGUGUCGAUACUAUCCAAUAGGAGCAAAGCAAAUGUAAAGAUAAUGACAGGAAGUGGCACGUGCAGAUGUUAUACUCAAAUGCAUCAGAGGUUACUUUUCCUCACGCGAGGGGCCGCCAAAAGCUAGCUCGCACAAGUGAGCCUUCUUGCAGGCUAGAGGCAACCAGUUGGCCAUUUACAAGCGUGGCCGAGGAUCUAAACUGGAGACGACCGAGAGCAAAUCCAGCAUGUGGGUAGAGUUGGACUCGAACCCGGGACCGCCGAAUUGCAAGCCCAAAACGCUGACCACUCGGCCACGCUGCCUCCUCCAGAGGCGAGUAUGCGAGGCGCCAGGCAGACUGUCUAGCGCGAUAGGCGCACUUAGCUAGAGCAAUGCUGGCCGACACAGUCCCAAGGUAUAUCUUGCUUCUUUACAAAGUGUUUUUCUGCAACAGCGAAUGUUGCUACAACCUGUAAAUGUGUUUUUUAUUUCUUACGCAGGGUGUGCUGAAGGUACGAAAGCGAGUGACCUUAAUGAUUAUAACAGUCAGUGCCAUAUUUGGUAUCACUUGGCUCCUUGAUAUAAUGAUACACACCGUCGAGGAAACAACCAGCCUUAAGUUCAGUUCCGUCGUAUUUCCUAUUGUUCACACCAUCAUCAUGUUCAACUGCGCAGUCAAUCCAUUUGUUUACGCGCUGAUCAACCAACGAUUCCGAGAAAAGAUGAAGAGAAUGCUGUACUGCAGUUCACGCUUAUUGGAAUCAGAGGACUCUCAAACUCUCAAUCGCAUAGCAUCGAGUUAGUCAACAAAAGUAAUCACUCAGCCAAGGGCUUAGAAAAAGAAAAGGGAGAAACUGGAUAGCUUCUACAGAAACUUUGGUUUAUUAUAAUGAAAAUUAAUGAUGUAACAUACAGUGUAAGAAAAUCAGGCAAAAUAGAUUAAUAAUGAGAAUGGUAAUUAUUUGAAAAAUCUUGUCCCAGAAAGCAGUUCUACCUUCUACCUACCUAAAAAAAAAAACCCUCCCAUAUUUGAGCCCCAAGUGCAUCAACAUUAACAAACGAUAUUAUCACUCUAAUAAGUUUAUCUCAAUGCUUAUCUUAGCUAACGCUGUUCAAAUGAAAAUAAAAUUUGCGAAAAACAACCACAAAUGGUGAGAGAGACUUGCCAGUAAAUACGAAGAUAACGAAGUUUGCCAAUAAAUGAUUAUUACACUGGAAGCCAUAUUUUGUAUACUCGUAAGUCUCUUAUGACUUAAAUAGGUUGAAAGAAGAAUAAUAGAAAGCUUUAGAAAAAAAAGCUCUAGAUGAGAAUCAAACUGACGACCCUCCGAACUCUAGUUCGAAUGCUCUAACCACUGACCUACGGAGGCUCAACUGCAAGUACGGUGAAAAUUCAAUUAUAACUAGCAGAACCCAGUCACAGAGGACUGUAUCGGGUACUUGCUCGAAAUCGGCCGUUUACUAGCGUACAAGACCAAGACUGUAAAAUAUAAUUUUUAGAAUUCUAAGACCAGAGAGCUCAGAAAAAAUUUCUAGUUCCAGGUGAAAAUCGGCGAACUCACCACCCUCCGAGUUCUAAUUCGGAUGCUCUAACCACUAAGCUACUGGAGACACUAUGGCGAGCAGGGUCGAAAUUUAAUUAUAGCUACACCAGUCGUAGAAAACUGUAUCGAGGACUGGCCCGAAAUAGGCCGUCCACCAGCGGCUAAGACAUAGACUGUACAAGACAAUUUGGAAGAAUGUUAGUACUGUUGGAAAACUGGAAUUGAAUCCAUAAAGGAGACCAAACAGUAGAUAGAUCAAUCUUUAUUUGAAUCUUUAGUAGUUACAAAGCCAUACGGUAACACUCUGCUGUAACAUAACAAGGAGCUUUAGCAACCACGAUGGCGACGACAGCAACGAGAAAGGGAAAGUCAACAAAGCAACUUUUGAAAAGCUUUGCACGAGCAUCACAAUUUCUUAUUCCAUGAAAACGUGAGACUUUCUAAUUUCACGUUUUAUGGAGUACGAAUCACAACACAAGGAUUUUUUUUCAGAAUUUGGGUACAGUCCUUUAGAAUUCGAGACAAGAAAAUUUCGCCAACAUUUGAAAAACGUGCAAAACAAGGAUAAAUAAAAGCGAUUGAAACUGAAAGUGUACUUACUUUUCAAGUGACGUUUUCACCGCCGAUAAUUGCUUGAUCUCCAUAAGAGCCUUAUAACAAGACCCUCGGUAAAGAAUAUCUACCUAAUAUAACUUUUUCCCUGAAAAAAUAGCUAGGACUUCAAUUUGUCGAGGAAAAUGAAGUUACACGUACGCACAAAGAGAUUUCAAAGAUUUUAAGGGGUUUUCCCUCUUUCUUUUACUGGUACAAACUGUGUAUAAGUUUUCGCCUGUGAACCUGGUGCCCUAAAGAGUCCGUCUAGGAAGUCGAGCAGACUUUGCAAGAAUCGGUAAAAACAAAAAACAUGUUAAGUUUGUCACCUUUUGACAAUGCGGUACAUUAUUUAUUUCUGGAGCUAUUAGGGGCCAUGAAAUUUUGAUUCCGCGCGUAAGUACAUAACGCAAUGCAAUGGCGCACUUGUGAAAACAACUUUAACUUUUGAAACGAUAUCUGACAAACUAUAAAUUUGACUGUUCAUAUAUAUUUUGAGUAAAAUCCACUGGUUAUUACCCAACUAUAGCAAAAUAAGAACAAGAAACAACAGUUUAGCUUAAGCAAUGAAACAAAUUAAUGUAUCUGAGGCAAGAUCCGCUCAUAAUAGAUUUAAUGACUUGUCUUUAUAAUGGCAUAUGAAGGGAUGUAGUUAUUACUGCCUCUAUCUUCCUAUUAAGGAGUCCGGUGGCGUGUGAACGUAACCUAAGUAGUUGCUGUCGUGUUUGCUUAAGCUCCACAAUAGCCUUGUAAGAAGAUCCUAUGAAAACGAUAUUUAGCUGGUAUAAUUUUCCCCUGAAAAAAAGGUAAAAUCAAACCAAAAAUUAAAAAAUGUCCAUUUUGUGACAAUGCAAUAAAUUAUGUAUUUCUUGGAGCUUUUUGAAAAUUUAGGGGCCAUGUUUCCCCGCGUAGUUACACAACGCGAUUCAAUGGAACAAUCAAGAAAACAACUUUAAAUGGGGAAAAAACAUCUCGCAAACUUAAAAAUUUACUAUUCAUACAUGUCUUGAGCACAAUCCACUGGUUAUCACGCAACUAUAGCCAAAAUAAGAACAACAAACACCAGUUACAGAUUAAACAAUUAACGAAAUGAGUAUGUCUGAUGCAAAGAUCCACACAUAAUGGUUUUAAAAUCCUUGUAUGUAAAAUGACAUAUGUAGGGAUGUAGUUAUCGCAGCCUCUUCCUUCCUUUUUGUAAUAAUUGUGUAAUUUAGCAAAUUGUCCCUCAUUUUAAUGGAAGACAGUGCGCGAAGUUGGUGCCAUCCUUGACUAUCAGGUAACUUCUCUUAGUUGCUACUUCUCGUCGUUUGAUGAUUAACCCAGAUUACUUAGUAAAAGCAACGCUUAGCGCGCGGAGACCCCUUUUUAAAGAAUUAUUACCGUUACACUACAAUUUCUUUGCAAUUGAUGUCGACGUUUUUCUUUCAUCCAAACGUAGGUACGAACAUGUAUAAUCGGACAACUUAACACAUUUGGGUUUGGUCAAACUUUUCAAGCGUGACUCAUGCGUAAAACGUUUUACAUUCUACAAGAAUGUAAAAGCAACGUAGCGCGCGGAGACCCCUAUUUAAAGAAUUAUUACUAUUAUUAUCAAAUGCAUCAGAGGUUACUUUUCCUCACGCGAGGGGCCGCCAAAAGCUAGCUCGCACAAGUGAGCCUUCUUGCAGGCUAGAGGCAACCAGUUGGCCAUUUACAAGCGUGGCCGAGGAUCUAAACUGGAGACGACCGAGAGCAAAUCCAGCAUGUGGGUAGAGUUGGACUCGAACCCGGGACCGCCGAAUUGCAAGCCCAAAACGCUGACCACUCGGCCACGCUGCCUCCUCCAGAGGCGAGUAUGCGAGGCGCCAGGCAGACUGUCUAGCGCGAUAGGCGCACUUAGCUAGAGCAAUGCUGGCCGACACAGUCCCAAGGUAUAUCUUGCUUCUUUACAAAGUGUUUUUCUGCAACAGCGAAUGUUGCUACAACCUGUAAAUGUGUUUUUUAUUUCUUACGCAGGGUGUGCUGAAGGUACGAAAGCGAGUGACCUUAAUGAUUAUAACAGUCAGUGCCAUAUUUGGUAUCACUUGGCUCCCUGAUAUAAUGAUACACACCGUCGAGGAAACAACCAGCCUUAAGUUCAGUUCCGUCGUAUUUCCUAUUGUUCACACCAUCAUCAUGUUCAACUGCGCAGUCAAUCCAUUUGUUUACGCGCUGAUCAACCAACGAUUCCGAGAAAAGAUGAAGAGAAUGCUGUACUGCAGUUCACGCUUAUUGGAAUCCAGAGGACUCUCAAACUCUCAAUCGCAUAGCAUCGAGUUAGUCAACAAAAGUAAUCACUCAGCCAAGGGCUUAGAAAAAGAAAAGGGAGAAACUGGAUAG